AUGGCUCGCCGCGCUCUCUCUUGGAUUAGUGUGUCUCUGCUCGUCUUCUUGGCGUCGUGGUCAUGCAUUGUAGCCAGGGGCGCACGGGCACCCAGUACCGGGGAACCUACCGAUGGGUUCACGGCGGUGCGGCUCAGCGAGAGCAACUUCGCGCUCCAGCGCCCGUUCGACGAGGCGAGCGGCGCACGAUACAGCUUCGACGGCACCGUGAGGAAGCUGUGGGUGCUCUCUUCCGACAAGCCCCAUGCCCGUCAGAGCCAUACCAAACCAAGAACUGAGAUCAGGAUGGCAGGCUACGACUACAGCUCCGGCGUGUGGCAGUUCGAGGGCUACGGCUACGUCCCCUCCGGCACCACGGGGGUGUGUAUCAUGCAGGUGUUUGGCGCCGGGGAGGCGGCCAGCACGCUCAUGCUGCAUGUCUACGAUGGCGCGCUGCGGUACUACAACAGGCAGCUUGUCGAGGACACUAUCUAUGACAGAUGGUUCCGGUUGAACGUGAUCCAUGAUGUCGAUGCAUCGACGCUUACUGUGUACAUCGACGGCGAACAGAAGCUGCGCGUCCACGGCCGCGGCGGCCACUCGCACUACUUCAAGUUCGGCGUGUACGGACAGCGCGAGGAGUCCAGCCGCAUGGAGUCGCGCUGGAAGGACGUCAAGAUCCUCAAGAAAGAUUAUAAUUAUUUGUGUAAAUAUGUAUGUUGA